CUAACAUUUUCUUAUUACAAGUCUUGUUCUAUCUAUAUAUACGAGUUCACACUUGCUUUUAUGAAACUAAAAGGCAGAAACAAAAUGGAGGUACUAAGGAGAUGGUUGAUCAUUUCAAUGGUUUUAAUGAUUGUGCAGAUAGGAGAAGGACAGCUGUCCGAAGAUUUCUAUGCCAAUUCUUGUCCGAAUCUGGAAUCCAUAGUGAGUCAACAAGUGUCAACGAAGUUCAGUCAACCAUUCGUUACGGUCCGUGCAACUCUCUGCUUGUUUUUCCAUGACUGCUUCGUUGAGGGUUGUGAUGCGUCAGUGCUGAUUUCAUCGCCAAAUGGAGAUGCCGAAAAGGAUGCUCAAGACAAUCUCUCCCUUGCCGGCGAUGGAUUCGACACGGUGAUCAAGGCCAAACAGGCAGUUGAAACACUAUGCCCUGGUGUUGUGUCUUGUGCCGACAUCUUGGCCCUAGCUACCCGGGAUGCUGUUGUCCUGGCUGGAGGGCCUUCAUGGGAAGUGGAAUUAGGACGUCGAGAUGGCCUUUUAUCACAAGCAUCAAGAGUAGCAGGGAAUCUACCAGAGCCUGAUUUCAACCUCGUCCAACUCAACACCAUGUUUGUUCGAAAUGGCCUUACCCAACUCGACAUGAUCGCCCUCUCAGGGGCUCAUACGUUAGGCUUCUCGCACUGCGACCGCUUCUCGAAUCGUAUAUAUUCCUCUCCGAUUGAUCCUACUUUGGAUCCAGGCUAUGCACAGCAAUUGAUGCAAGCUUGUCCCCAAGAUGUCGACCCUAGCAUUGCGAUCAACGUGGAUCCCGAAACACCACGAACAUUCGACAAUGUCUAUUAUCAGAAUCUAAUAGCCGGGAAAGGGUUGUUUACUUCGGAUCAAGUGCUCGAAACCAAUCCAGAUUCCGAACCAACUGUAAGUGAUUUUGCUACCAACCCCGGAAACUUCAAUGCAGCUUUCAUCACUGCAAUGAGGAAACUGGGAAGGGUGAGAGUCAAAACUGGCAAUGAAGGAGAAAUAAGACUUGAUUGCACAGCAUUUAAUUCAUGAAAUGGGGAUGAAAUAAAGGGCAAAAAAUGUAAGCCCAAGCUGUUUGUUUUGUUUUCUGUAUUUUCUGGUUUGACAUAGGUGCUUGAAGAUCAUCAUGAAAUAAAUAAUUGAAAAAAGGAUUUUCUUGUAAUUAAUCUUUUCUU